ACUACUGCUCUUGCGAAAGCUCAACCACAACCCUUGGAAAAGCAUAUUCUUACUCCACAAUAACGACCAAGGAGCUCAAGAAUUGGGCCUAAAAACUCUCGCAAGCAUGGCGCCAAAGACUGUCGAGGAGACGGGCGAAUCGUCAACUGCGACCACGAAGAAGGUGUUGAAGGCAAAUGGGGCGGGGGUGACGAAUUACGAACUGCCAUGGGUUGAGAAAUACCGACCAGUUUUCCUUGAUGAUGUUGUCGGAAACGUCGAAACUAUCGAGCGCCUCAAGAUCAUCGCACGGGAGGGGAACAUGCCCCACAUGAUCAUAUCCGGUAUGCCUGGUAUUGGAAAGACAACAUCAGUACUCUGUUUAGCACGCCAAUUAUUGGGCGAAUCCUACAAGGAAGCGGUAUUAGAGCUUAACGCAUCGGACGAGCGAGGUAUCGAUGUAGUACGCAACCGUAUCAAGGGCUUCGCCCAGAAGAAAGUGACGCUCCCCCAAGGACGCCAAAAGCUUGUCAUUCUCGACGAGGCCGACAGCAUGACAUCUGGUGCCCAACAAGCCCUACGUCGCACCAUGGAGAUUUACUCUUCAACCACCCGCUUCGCAUUCGCAUGCAAUCAGUCCAACAAGAUCAUUGAGCCCCUGCAAUCGCGUUGCGCCAUCUUGCGCUAUGCAAGGCUAACGGAUGCACAAGUCGUGAAGCGCCUGCUCCAGAUUAUCGAGGCGGAGAAUGUAGAAUACAGUGACGAUGGAUUGGCCGCGCUGGUAUUCAGUGCAGAGGGUGACAUGCGGCAGGCGAUUAACAAUUGCCAGUCAACCUGGGCGGGUUUUGGUUUCGUGAGCGGAGAUAAUGUCUUCAAGGUCGUCGAUUCGCCACACCCAAUCAAAGUGCAGGCAAUGCUCAAGUCGUGCUAUGAGGGGAAGGUAGACGCAGCGCUGGAAUCGCUGAAGGAGCUGUGGGACCUGGGAUACUCGAGUCACGACAUCAUUAGCACCAUGUUCAGGGUGACGAAAACGAUUCCGACGCUGAGUGAGCACUCGAAACUUGAGUUCAUCAAGGAGAUUGGCUUCACGCAUAUGAAGAUUUUAGAGGGCGUGCAGACCUUGCUCCAGCUGAGCGCGUGUGUUGCCAGGCUGUCGAAGCUGAAUAUGGAUCCGAAGCUGUUUGCGCCGAAAAAGGCAUGAAAUAUAAAGGCAUAGCAUUGGCGUUCAUGGUCAAAAGGGGGCUAGGCAUGGAGUAGGG